CGGGUUACAGUCAGUGUAACGAAGCGAUGCUAUCCUGGACCACCACGUUCUUCAGCGAUUCGAAAUAUCAACCCGGUCCGCCAAUGUGACGUUCGAGCGGCCCGCUGGCGUACCCGAACAUGCGUUCGCGAGAAAAGGGUAAUGGUGAUCACUUUCCCGCCGAGAUGCGGAUGAAGCCAUCCGCCAUGGUUUGACCGCUGUGAACGUUGUUUCUCGCCGCUACCGGAAAUACGUGUUGUUAUGGCAUCCGAUUGCGUGCUCGGGCACACCAGACCUUACCCUGUUCAUUCCGCUUUUGGUUUGGUGUAACUUCUCUAGAUUCUAUUGAAAUUGAAGUGUAGACUUCAGGGACAGCAGAAGAGGAUAAAUCCCAUCACCGCCCACGCCGAAUUCUCAUGUCGAGCCUGUCACCGCUAGCCGCUUCUCAGAUCGCCUUCCUUGGUUCAUGAUGUAUCCAAAUCUCGGGUCCCUUCUCGGCCUCGGGGCCCUUUUCCGUCUUGCGUCCGCAUCUUUCGAAGGCAACCUCAACUACCAAUCCCCAUCCGCCCGAUCGUCACACGUCAACCUCGGCCUCUCCCUUCCCUUCAUCACUUCCCGCACGUUGAAACGCUCGUCUGUGGCUUAUCAACCCUCGGAGCUGAACUUUACUCACGGAGUUGCUUCGGGAGACCCUUAUCCCAACUCCGUGAUUCUCUGGACUCGCGUAGCGCCCACUGCUGAGUCGGAUAGAAGCAAUGUAACCGUGGCGGGGACGGUCGAGCUCUACAGCCAUGAAACGGAGAAGUACGUCAAGGCAGACGCGAAUCCUAUUUGUAUCGAGUGGAAGAUAUGGGAGUUGCAGAAGGGACACAACGGGACUGUGAAGGGCCCACUAGGACGCAGCGGGAAGGCGUACACAACGAGUGAUAUCGACUUCACAGUCAAGGUCGAAGCUCACGGCUUGAAGCCUUGGACGCUUUACAACUACCAGUUCAACGUCUGCGGCUCCAACAACUCUAGCCCUGUGGGGAAAACAAAGACUGCUCCGGCCGAGAAUGACGAGGUCGACGAGGUCAAGCUAGCUGUCUUCUCUUGCUCAAACCAUGCCAAGGGCUUCUUCAACGUUUACGGCAAUGCUGCCCGGAAAGACAAGCAUGACUAUGUGGUCCAUCUCGGCGACUACAUCUAUGAAGAUGCCUCAAGCGGUCCGAGAGCACACAAGCCCGCAAACAAGCUGUUCACUCUGUACGACUAUCGGACACGCCAUGGACAGUACCGAACAGACAACGACCUGCAGCUUUUGGCCCAGAACUAUGCGUGGAUUCCCACCUGGGAUGACCACGAAUUUGCCAACAAUGGCUACCGGGACGGCUUCUCCGCGCUUAACAACACCGAAGCCUCCUUUAGGAAUGAAGGUCCCUCCAUCAGUGUCGAUACGCGCAAGAUCAACGCUGUGCGCGCCUACUUUGAGUGGAUGCCGAUCCGCCAGGUAGACCUCGACGAUAACUUGCGGAUCUGGCGCAACUUCAAGUUGGGCAAGCUGCUGGAUCUUAUCAUCAUCGAUACUCGUAACUACGAUCGAAGUAUCACCAGUACAGGGAACAAUGAUGCCUAUAUCGAGGCGAUUAGGGAUGAUCCUUCGAGAACGCUAAUGGAAGGCCGCCAAGAGAAGUGGUUCUUUAGGCAGUUGAGCGAAAGUAAGCAGAGAGCGGCAACGUGGAGAGUGGUGGGGAACCAGAUUGUAUUUUCGAGGAUUCUUGACUCCAAAGGAGAACUGACAGGGACCGAUAAUUGGAGUGUAAGCGUCUCGUCGUCAUAUCGAACUUCAACUGGGGAAACCCUACCCGCACCCCAGGCAAUCCUACUGGCACCCUAUGUCAGCCGCCAUGUAAAAUAUCGGGUUUUAGCGGUAAAUUUCUAUGUUUUUGAUGUCUGGUAACAUUCGUAGCUGGGUCACCCACCCGUAACUCAAAUCUCAUAAUAUCUCCAUAGUGUUGAACAAUCUAAAAGAGUUGAUAUUAUAGUCUACUCUACUCUAGUCUAAAUACUGAUAUUUGACAGUUUAGAA